CUUGCUGUCGUAGCCCUUCUGGGUCUCCCGCCCGCCUCCCCGCUUUCGCCAACACUACUCACUCAACUUUCAGCUCGCUUUCCUCGGUCAGUCCGGACGGAGGAACCCAGGCGUCCUGCUGGCUCCCUCCCUCCCUCCUUCUCCUCCUCCCCCCAAAACCACACACACACACACAUAUACACACCAACCAACCAACCAACCAAGAAUCCGGCUGACUUCUCUCGCCUGCAUCAGUUCCAGAUCCUCCUGCCCACCAUGCUGUUUCCCCUGGUGGUGAUGCUGCUGCAGGCGGGCAGCAUUCGGGGCAGCCUGCCUUUCUACAAUGGCUUCUACUAUGACCGCGUCAUGAAUGAUCAUGGAGAAAGCAAUGGAGAAGUUCAAUUCAGUGGCGUACGGUUGAUGAUCGAGACAUCACACGAUGCCGUUUUUUCCCACCGGGGCGGCAACGUCACGCUGCCCUGCCGCUAUUACUACUCCCCCCAGCUGGCGGCGCCGCGCAAGAUUCGGAUCAAGUGGUCCAAACUGCAGGAGGACAGCACGAAAGACGCGGACGUGCUGGUCGCCUCUGGGUCAAAGCACCGCAGCUUCGGCCACUUCCGAGGGCGCACCCGUCUCCAGCGGUCUUCGGAGGAGGAAGUGUCCCUGGUGAUCCAGGACAUCGACUUGCACGACGCUGGGAAGUACCGCUGCGAGGUCAUCGAUGGGCUGGAAGACGAGAGUGGGAUUGUGGAGCUCGGACUGAGAGGUGUGGUCUUUCCUUACCAGCCUCACCGCGGGCGGUACACGCUCAACUUCCACGAGGCCAAGAAAGCCUGCGAAGAGCAGGAUGCUGUGAUCGCCUCGUUCGAUCAGCUCUUUGAUUCUUGGAUGGAGGGUCUGGACUGGUGUAACGCAGGGUGGUUGAUAGAUGGCACCGUCCAGUACCCGAUCACGGUGCCACGGGAGCCCUGUGGCGGGAAGGGUGUGGCCUCCGGCAUCCGGAACUACGGGGAACGCCACAAGAACCUCAACCGCUUUGAUGUCUUCUGCUUCUCCUCUGCUCUGAAAGGGACUGUUUAUUAUCUGGCCCAUCACCAGAGAUUCACCUUGGAAGAGGCAAAGCAAGCAUGUCAGGAUGACCAAGCUGAGAUCGCCAAGGUGGGCCAACUUUAUUCGGCAUGGAAGUUCAUGGGCUUGGAUCAAUGCGACGCUGGCUGGCUGGCCGACGGGAGCGUGCGCUACCCCAUCGCUUUCCCCCGGCCCAACUGCGGCCCGCUGGAACCAGGCGUCAGGAGCUUUGGUUACCCCAAGUCCGGGAAAUUUGGUGUCUACUGUUACAGGAUGAGCUAAAGGCCAGCCAACAAAGAGCGAAGAAGACUCCUUAAGGGGGGGGGGGACGCGGACCUUCUGUUGCUGCCGAAGAGUUUCUUAUUUAACGAGCCAAUCUCUGGGGGCAGUUUUGAAUCGUAUGUUGGUUACUGUUGCGUUUGGGUUUGUCUUUUAAAUUUUUAUUUUUACAUUUUUGUAACGAAAGGGAAGACGCUGGACGAUUCGUCAGUGGUGGCCAUGGAGUUACUGGGGUGCUGAUGCUAAGAUUUUUCCGGCUUCGUUAUUCAACGAAUCCUUGAGUGGCCGAAGAGGUGGUUGGAUGGCAUCUCCCAGCAUUCCUCUCAGUAGUGGUGCUGGCUGGCGGCUGCUGGGAAUUGUAGUCCGAGGUCUAGAGCAGUGGUGCCCCAACCUGGGGUCCCCAGAUGUUCUUAGACUGCAACUCCCAAAAAUCCUGGGCCAGCACAGCGAGGGAUGAAAGCUUCCGAGAGUUUUAGCCCAAGAACAUCUGGAGAACCAAGGUCGGGAACCACUGAAAUAGAGGGGUGGCAUGUUGCCGGCCCUAAUUUACUUCAACCUUAGGGGGGGGAACUGUGAUGGGUGAGCUAUUUUCCUUCUGAAUCUGGGCAUCUUAGCACCGAGAAAGCUGUCUUAUGUACAGCUAGCUCAAUGCUGCGAUUUUAACAUCUCACCGAAGGAAUUCCGAAGGUAUCAAUGUGAUAUUUUCCAGUCCUUCCAGGCAUAAAGGUUUCAUUGUUACAAUGUUUACAGAAGGCCAGAUGUUUUGACUUUGGAAAGUGGGCCAGAUGUGGGAGACUUUUUUAAAAACACACACACACUGCUUAGGGCACCACAAGCAGUUUCUGGCCUGAGUAAGAGCCAUCACUUAGCUGGUAUUAAAUUAUCACAAAUAAGGGCUGCUUUGCCUCUUUGGUUGAUUGUUGCGCAUCUCCGAGUGUUGUGAUGAUUUUGCUGUUCCGAUCGGGCUUGAUCUGGAGACCUUUCGCUGUCAGAGGCCAAGAGGACCACCUCUUGACCCUGUCUUCAAUGUGCAAAACCUAGUUGAACUAGCUGUUGAAUGUGAUUUUCGUUGAGUCUCUCUGAGUCUCAUCACGGAGAGGUUUUGGAGGCUAAUUUGCGGGGUGCCUGAGGAAAAUGGGUGUAGUGGUGCUUCAAAAUAAAAAAGUAACUUUCCCCAUUGACAACAGCACCGAGCUGCAGAGACUAUAACUUAUUAGCAGCAGCUCUGCUUCGGAUGUUAGGUGCCUGGGUCAAUCCUGGUGUCGUUAAUUAAAGUGGUCGGGUAGCCAGUGAUGGAAAAAUAUCUCAGGUUCAAUGAUGGGCAGAGCUAUUUCAAGAUCUGUUGUUCGAUUUCUGGGUAAUCUAUAAGAGAUCUGUAAGAUUUUCUGACUCACAGUGGCUUACCACUCCUGGAAACUAAAGGGUUUAUUUUUCUCUUUGACCCCUGCCAUGUGUCAGCUUUCAUUAAGGAAAAAAAAAGGGAGCAGGUAGGAGAACAGUAAAUUUACUUCCAGUACUGACAAAUGUAUGCUCAGGGGUACCGUGGUCCUUAAUUCUUUUCUUUAGCACCUGUGUGUAGUUCAGAGGUGAGAAACUUUUGUCCCUUCAUCCUGUUUCAGAGGGUAGCUCCCAUAUUUCCCUUCCAUUGAUUUCUGAUGGGUGGGGGAUUCUGGGUGCUGUAGUUGACAAAGGGAACUAUUUCAGGCUGUUUUGCCCAGCUAGGUCUUAACCUGACACUUUUGACUCAUGAAAACAAAGCCUGUCUUCGCCCUCCCAAGUGCAAGAACAAAGCCCUCCAGUGCUCAAUGUUGCGUUGCAGCAAUGAGGACUGGAAACUUGUCCCUGUUUUUAAAAAAGGAAACACAGAUCAUCUCACAGGGUUCAGUUCUUGCACUACAAUCUGUACGUUGUCGCUACUUUUAUUUUACAUGCAGAGAAAAACGAACAAACCAGGGGACCUUUUUUAAAAAAUAAAUAAAUGCGGCACUACUAUUUUGAGAAACA